AUGGAGAAACCCGCAUACCGACCAUCCCGGAAGGACACGCUCUUGUCUCGACGAUAUAUUGAAGGACUCAUUGCAGAAGGGAAACAUGUCAUGAUCUAUGAGGAUCGUGUCCUGAAGGUGGACGCCUGGAUCAAGUACCAUCCCGGAGGGGACAAGCCUAUCAAACACAUGGUGGGCAGGGAUGCGACAGAUGAGAUCAACGCAUUACAUUCUCAAGAAGCUCGCGAGCGCAUGCCUGCGUACCAGAUCGGACGAAUUGAAGGAACAUGGACCAACUUCCUCCCCCCGAUACAAGGCGGCAAAUUCCGGCUCUAUACAGAAGACACGUGCUUGAGCGAUGAGGAUUCCACGGCUCAAGAAAGCUCCGAUGGUUCGAGUCAGGAGGGAUCAAUCCCACCCUCGCCGACAUUUGAUCCCGUCGACUCAAAACGUACUGUUCGGCAAAGGAGACCAAUCAACUCCAACCAUCCUAUUAUGACCAAGGACUCUCACUCUCAACUCAAGCCUGCCUUCUUAGAUGCCAGGACUCAAGAGGAGAUUGAUUUUGAUAUUGCCAAAUACCCUUCUUUGGAUACCGCGAAGCAGGAGGAGAUCAAACAAAAAUACCGUGAACUACACAACCGUAUCAAGGCCGAGGGUCUUUUCGACUGCAACUACUUUUGUUAUUUUAUUGAAUGCUGUCGAUACACGCUUUUUGCAGGCCUGUCCUACAUGUUCCUCUGCAUGGGGUGGUGGGCGACUUCUGCAUUUUUCCUCGGUUGUGUCUGGCAUCAGCUUGUUUUCACCGCCCAUGAUGCUGGCCACAUGGGAAUUACACACAACUUCCACGUGGACAGUGUUAUUGGAAUCGUCAUCGCGGACUUUAUUGGUGGCUUGAGUCUUGGCUGGUGGAAGCGAAGCCACAAUGUGCAUCACAUCGUCACCAAUGAGCCUGAACAUGAUCCUGAUAUUGAGCAUAUCCCAUUCUUCGCUAUCUCUCAUCGUUUCCUUACGAGCCUCAAAAGCACCUACUACGACAGAAUCAUGGCUUACGACGCCCCGGCUCGAUUCUUCCUAAAAUUUCAGAACUAUUCUUACUAUCCUAUUAUGAUGCUCGCGCGCUUCAACCUUACCGCCCUAAGCUGGGAGUAUCUACUCAAGGGCCAAGCUCCUCGAAGAGGUCCUGCUUGGUGGCAUCUCUACUUAGAGCUUGUCGGACAGGUCUUCUUUUGGACAUGGUAUGGCUACGGUAUACUGUACAAGACGCUUCCCGAUGCUAGCAGCCGGAUUGUGUUCCUCCUCAUCUCAAACAUUGUCCCUUCGCCUCUCCAUGUUCAAAUCACUUUGUCCCACUUCGCUAUGUCAACGGCCAACCUGGGUGUUGGCGAAUCUUUCCCUCAGAAAAUGCUUCGAACUACCAUGGAUGUCGACUGCCCAACGUGGCUUGAUUUCUUCCACGGCGGCUUGCAGUUCCAGGCCAUCCACCAUCUCUACCCCCGCAUACCGCGCCACAACCUACGUCGUACGCAGAAAUUUGUUCUGGAAUUCUGCCGCGAAACUGGUAUUCCCUAUGCGAUCUUCACUUUCUACGAUGGAAACAAAGAAGUCAUUAGCCGACUGGGUGAAGUGGCGAAGCAGGUCCGCCUCAUGGAGGAGUGUCGCAAGUCCAUUGUUGAAGAAGGUGUCUUUUCCGAUCAUCACCACUGA